GUUUCAGGUCUUCAGCAUUGAUUGAAUAAAGCACUGCAUUUUUUAGCCAUGAUGUGCGACGGUGACGGUGAAGCUUUUAUCGAGGAAAAAGUAGCCCCACAUUUCCUGUGCGGAAGCCUGGAAGAUCUACCAUACGAACACGCACCGUUCCCCGGUGACGACGAAGACGACUUUUACGAGGAGGAAAUGAUGCUGCUGGUUGAUUUCGAUAUGCUGCUCAAGCUGGAAGACGAUCCGCACCCGGGCAACACGCACAUCAAGAUGAUCGGACUCGAUUCGGAAAAUCCCAUCAUUCAGGUGAACGAUGAGGUGUACCGCGGAACGUACGAAAGCGCCUUCGGCACGAAUGUGUUCUUCGAACCGGAUGACGAGCACGCGACCAAGCUGGAUCCUGUGUUCGAUAAAGCCAUCAAGCAGAUGUACCGAUACGUGGGCAAGGCGGACAAAGUGUUGCGCAUGAAGCGAAUCUUUGCGACACUGAAGGAUGCGGUCGCCGAGGAAGGAGCUAGCGCCGAUGACGUACCGUUCGAGUCAAAGUACGAGGUGGAUAGGACCUACGAGGAGGCACUUAACUUACAUCUAGCUGAAGGAGGUUUUCCGCCUCGCCAUAUCCAUGAAAUGCAAAACGGAGCGUCUCUAAUCAAGCAGCAUAUCAUAUCGGAGCCAAAAAUUGAACUAGAAGAGCCACCAACGGAACAAUAGAGGAAGCAAGCAACCACACACAUGUACAUAGCAUUAAUCGCGAACACAACACAAAGUUUUUAAGAAAAAUAUUUAAUCACGGUUCCUGAAAUUAUGUAGUCUUAAACUCACAUCUAUACGAUCUACAUGAAAUACACUUUUUACAUAAAA